AAGCUAGCUUGAAUCUCUAGUUUCCAGCGCAGUAGAUAUUGUGGAAGUUACCUCUGAUGGGGUGCCAGAAAUACACUAUAGCUGUCUUUCUACGCAUCGUGCCGCUUCCUGCAGCAGCGUCACUCACUUUCUCUUAGUCGAUCUUGAUACACAAUGCUCAGACCGAUUCUGGACGUUAGUAAUCUAAAUGUCGUCCUCUCGGUCGCAGGUGCCUUUUCACUGAUCUUCGGGUUUCUGUCGCUGAAAUUAAAACAGAAAUGGUAUAUUGGAGAAGCAUUACCGGCUUUCGUCUUGGGUAUCCUUUUGGGACCAGUGGGUGCAAAGUUCCUUAUUGCAGAUCAAUGGGGAAAUGGAGAAGCAGGCCAGAGCAGCGAAAUAACACUUGGCGUUGCCCGUGUUGUUAUUGGAAUCCAAAUGGUCAAGGCCGGUUAUGAGCUGCCCAAACAAUAUCUGAGAGAGCGAUUCGUGGAGAUGACUAUCUAUUUACUGGCUGUUAUGACACUCAUGUGGCUCUUUACAUCUGCUUGCAUCAUGCUUUUUAUACCAAAAAUCUCAUUCCUGUCUUCGUUGAUCAUCGCAUCCUGCGUGACUCCCACCGACCCCAUUCUGUCCCAGGCGAUCGCAAAAGGUCCAUUUGCUGACAACUACGUUCAUCGCCACGUCCGAGAAUUCAUCUCUUCCGAAGCAGGAGGCAAUGAUGGCUUUGGCUUUCCCUUCCUGCUUCUUGCCGUUUCUCUCCUGCGCUACGCAGAAGCACCAGCCAACACCAUCUCCCUCGAGGACUUUGAUCUUGCAAGAGGUAUACCCGAUGCGCUAGGCUCCUCAGACGUAGGUCGAUUUGGCGGGGGUACUGGGGAAGCUUUGAAACACUGGGCUGUAGAAGGGGUCAUUUACAUGGUCAUGAUGGGCUUCAGCUACGGUGCGCUUGUUGGGUACGGAUCCAGGAAGAUCCUGAAUCUUUCCCUCAGAAAGAAAUGGAUCUGCAAUGAGUGUUACCUGAUUUUCCCUGUGGGGAUGGCGUUGUUUAUCAUUGGGACCUGCGGCUGCGUUGGAUCAGAUGAGACGCUUGCCUGCUUCAUUGCAGGAAACGCUCUCAACUGGGACGGCCAGUAUCUUCAUGAGACGGAAGCGCGACACGAUUCAUUUAACCCAGCAAUUGAAACUCUCCUGAACUUCGGCGCCUUCAUGUAUCUCGGUACUGUCAUGCCAUGGGAUACAUUCCAGAUGCCCGAAGCCACGGGAAUCACAGUGGCCCGACUAUUUGGGCUCGGCCUGUUUGUUCUAGUUUUUCGUCGUAUUCCUGCCAUUCUUAUGACGUAUAGAUUCAUGUCUAAAGUUUGCAAUAACUGGAGAGAAGCCAUGUUUCUGGGAUACUUCGGACCGAUAGGCCUUGGGGCUAUCUCGUAUGCGGAGUACACCAGCGGACUCUUUCCGGAGCCAGGUGAAAGUGACAGAGAGAUCAAUAAUCUAACUUCAGCUAUUGUUCCCGUCGUCUAUUGGCUCGUCUUUUUCUCCAUUAUAGUCCAUGGCCUGUCUGUCCCCAUCCUCAGCUUCAUAUACAGAGUGCUCCAUGUCAAGCCUAUCAGCGACAUCCCGGUGGAGAUAGUUAUCCUGUCUGAAAACGAGCCAUUGCCAAACAACAGUGAGCUCAAGCCAGAGCAGCACUCUGCGAUCGUCCACAACCGGUUUUCACGCAUGGAGACUGGGGCCAUGGAAUACCGAAACCAGCGACAUACGCUGCACCCAGACGAUGCGAAUGGCAUUCGCGGUGAUGAGGGCUGGCCGCUGCCAGAACAGGAGAGCUUCCGAAGGGACUCGGACUCAGACUCGGACUCGAUGCGAAAACAUGAUGUUGUUGAAACUGAGAUAAAGAAUAUUGUGUGAGGCAGGAAUAGGCGUUCUUUCUUGAUUUUAGGUAUUGGUCUGGCGUCAUCAUUGGGUUUAGACGGUUUGAUUUAUUCCAGUGAGCAGGACUCCCAGGAAAUCGGUCUACGGACGGGGAAACAGGCAGAUACUACAAUAUGGCGUUACAGUGGCGAU